CAAAUCCUUCUGCUACCGCCGGCUGCAGUACCUGAGCUCCAAGUUCCAGAUGCACGUGCUGCUCAACGAGAUGAAGGAGCUGCCAGCCCAGAAGAAGGUGCCCCACCGCGACUUCUACAAUAUCCGCAAGGUGGACACCCACAUCCAUGCCUCGUCCUGCAUGAACCAGAAGCAUCUCCUGCGCUUCAUCAAGCGGGCCAUGAAGAAGCACCUGGAUGAAAUUGUCCACGUGGAGAAGGGCAAGGAGCAGACGCUCAAGGAGGUCUUCGAGACGAUGAACCUCACCGCCUAUGAUCUGAGCGUGGACACGCUGGAUGUCCAUGCGGACCGCAACACCUUCCACCGCUUCGACAAGUUCAACGCCAAGUACAACCCCAUCGGCGAGUCCAUCCUGCGGGAGAUCUUCAUCAAGACGGACAACCGCGUCUCGGGGAAGUACUUCGCCCACAUCAUCAAGGAGGUGAUGUCCGACCUGGAGGAGAGCAAGUACCAAAACGCCGAGCUGCGGCUCUCCAUCUACGGCCGCUCCCGGGACGAGUGGGACAAGCUGGCCCGCUGGGCCGUCAACCACCGCGUCCACUCCAACAACGUCCGCUGGCUUGUGCAGGUGCCCCGGCUCUUCGAUGUCUACCGGACGAAGAGGCAGUUGGCCAACUUCCAGGAGAUGCUGGAGAACAUCUUCCUGCCCCUCUACGAGGCCACCAUCCACCCUGCCCAACACCCGGAGCUGCACCUCUUCCUGGAGCACGUGGACGGCUUCGACAGCGUGGAUGAUGAAUCCAAACCAGAGCAUCACAUCUUCAACCUGGACAGCCCCUUGCCGGGCAACUGGGUGGAGGAGGACAACCCGCCCUACUCCUACUACCUGUACUACAUGUACGCCAACAUGACGGUGCUCAACCACCUCCGACGGAAGAGAGGCUUCCACACCUUCGUCCUGCGCCCGCACUGCGGCGGGGCUGGCACCCAAGGGUGCCAGGCAGCUGGGGGAGCUUCUCCUCGCUCUCCUCCCCAGGUGAAGAGCUACUGGUUGGGUCCCCACUACCUGAAGGAGGGUCCGGAGGGCAACGACAUCCGUCGCACCAACGUCCCCGACAUCCGCGUCGGCUACCGCUUCGAGACGCUCUGCCAGGAGCUGACGCUCAUCACGCAGGCGGUGCAGACCGAGGAGCUGGAGACCAUCCAGGAGGAGGACGCUCUCGCCAUCGCCACCACCCUGG